AUGGAUCAAACGUGGAUUAUCUGGUUCACCUGCCUGUGUUUGUUCUUUGGAAUCGGAUAUAGCGUCGAAGACGACGAUUCCACCAUUUCUAUAGCAACGCUGGUGCCUUCGGACCCAAGACGUCUGUUUUCUAAAGAACGUGUAGCACCCGCUAUGAGUAUUGCUGUUGAAAAAGUGAAGGAUAUGCAACUGCUACCAAAUAGAAAUUUAUCCAUCAAAUUUGCUGAUUCCAACUGUAACGUUGCGGAUGGUAUCAAUGAAGCCAUUAAUUAUUACGUCAGAAAAGAAGUUGACGUAUUUUUUGGCCCGUGUUGUGAUUACGCUGCUGCCCCCGUUGCUAGGCAAAUACGCUAUUGGAAUAUCGCCAUGGUAACACCUGGCGCUAUGGCGCGUGAUUUUACAGUUGCUAAGAAGAUUAUGUUUAACUUAAUGACCCGUGUUGGUCCGAAUUUUAGUUCUCUUGUGAAUUUCUUAGUAGAAAUUUUACUGGUCUUUGAGUGGAAGAAAGUGUUGUUGCUCUAUGACCCCGAAGGUCAGAAGAAUAUUUUUGACCGAUAUUGUCACAUUGCUGCCGAUGGAAUGCAUUACGGGUUCAAAGUUCAACAGGAAAUUCCUAAUUUGGAACAGAACUAUUUUAAGUUCGAUGACAUCGAUGAUAUAUUGUCUGGAUUCCAGGCACAUGUUGGGACUGAAAAUGCAGUUUUCAGCGAUUCAAGUGAAAUGCCAUAA